AUGGCCGCCGCUGUGCUGGAGGUGGAAGUCGGGGUGAAUGUGACCAUCAGGAAGUGGACCUUGCUGCUAAUCCUCAGUGUUGAUGUACAUGAGAUCUGCAAGAUCGCAUUGUUGUCCCGUGUCCCACCUGCAAUGGUCACGGCUGGCAGCCUGCCCCCCACUAAUGCCGUCUGUGUUCUUGUAUUCCAGGUGGACCUGUCUGAGUUGGCCCCUGAGGAAAGAUGGAGGGUGGAACAUGCCCGAAUGCACGCCAAGCACCGAGGCCACGAAGCUAUGCACGCGGAAAUGGUGCUGAUUCUCAUCGCCACCCUGGUGGUGGCCCAGCUGCUGCUCGUGCAGUGGAAGCAGAGGCACUCGCGCUCCUACAAUAUGGUGACUCUCUUCCAGAUGUGGAUUGUUCCCGUCUAUUUCACAGUGAAGCUGCACUGGUUGCGGUUCCUGGGAGUCUGGAUUCUCUUCUCCUUAGUCACCGCUUUUAUCACCUACAGAGCCACCCGCAAGCCGCUGGUGCAGACCACUCCGAGGCUCGUAUAUAAAUGGUUUCUCCUCCUGUAUAAAAUGAGUUACGCCACUGGAAUUGUGGGAUACAUCGCUGUCAUGUUCACGUUGUUCGGUCUGAACUUCCUGUUCAGGAUAAAGCCGGAAGACGCCAUGGAUUUCGGCAUCUCCCUCCUCUUUUAUGGUCUCUAUUAUGGGGUGCUCGGAAGGGACUUCGCCGAGAUGUGCGCCGAUUACAUGGCAUCCACAAUAGGUUUCUACAGCGCGUCCGGGAUGCCCACCAAGCACCUCUCGGACAGCGUGUGCGCCGUGUGCGGCCAGCAGAUCUUCGUGGACGUCAAUGAAGAGGGAAUCAUCGAGAACACGUACAGGCUCUCCUGCAACCAUGUGUUCCACGAGUUCUGUAUCCGGGGGUGGUGCAUUGUGGGAAAGAAGCAGACGUGUCCGUACUGCAAGGAGAAGGUGGACCUGAAGAGAAUGUUCAGCAACCCGUGGGAGAGGCCUCACGUCAUGUACGGACAGCUCUUGGAUUGGUUACGUUACCUGGUGGCAUGGCAGCCGGUGAUCAUUGGACUGGUACAGGGGAUUAACUACUGCCUGGGCCUAGAAUGAUCCCUCCCAAUCCCCAGAAGAACCGGGGGCCCCUCCUACCAUCGCGGGACGCGGGGGAAGGCGAAGGCCGCAGAACCAGAGGCCUCCUCCGGAUUUUUAGCUGUCGGCAUCUGGAGCUGCUUGGACUCUCAACAGUGUUAGCCGCCGGCACUGGAGAACCGCCCGUUGUAUUAUUUAUUUAUUACAACAUAACGUCUGU